AUGUAAUCAAAUACUCCUUAAAAUAAUUCACGUCAAACAUAAAUCAAAUUGCCAACCUAAUUAGAGGAAUAAAAUUUAGGCCAUACUUCACAAAUUCCUUAUGCCAUUACUAAGAAUCCAAUAGUUUAGAGAAGAGAAUCCAAUAGAAAAACAAGCACUUGA